CUCUUUUAUUUUAAUUAUUUUAUCGUUAUUAUUUUUACACUUGACAUUGAAAUUUCUUCUUUCUUUCUUCUUUCUUUUCCCCUUGCAGACCGGGACCCAAUCCUCCGAGCCAGGGUGAGUGGAGAUCUGCGCUAACCUGUUGUGAAGGAUGCCACAGCGCCAAAGCCGCUUCAUCCUAUCAUGAGUCCUGUUCCCACGACAGUUGAGAAUCGUCGCCAUACUUCUUCAAAGGUUCAGUCCAACUUACCUUUAGACGCAAUGGAGUCCUCGAAAAUCGAAAAUUCCUCAUCACCUUCCGAGGACGUUACGGCUGAGCAGAAUAGCAUCGACCGGAAGGGAUCCCAAGUUCGCGACGCCGAAACGUCAAAAGAUGAUCAUCAAAACUCGACUCAAGGGGCUGCUUCCCCGAUAGGGAAAACUGAAAAGCCAGUAACGGCAGAAAGAGCGUCGCCUGAUGGAGCGCAUAGUGAUAAGAAGAGAAAGCUAACUGACGAACCGGCGGAGAACCCAGCAUUAGACAAAGACCAGCAUCGUACCAAACGCAAGCGGCUUCAGGAACGCCUUCAGAAGAAUCGCAGACGUGGAAAGACUCCUCCGUCAGCUUACUCUCGUAGGGAUGACGGUCCUCGAAUCCAGCCUGACGCGCGACCACCCAGAUCACCAUCACCCAUAACGCGUUCACCCUCCCCAUCUGCUGCUCCUAUACGCCAGCGUAAACGACCAGGUGGUGGAGCACGUAUCAAUUCUGCAAAUAUGGAAGCUUUAAAACGAAGACAAGAAGAGAGAGAACGGAAACGAGAAGAGGAAGCACAAAGAGAGCUUCGUGAUCGUGGAGUACAUGAUGUCGUUCGGCAACAUUACAACGCCGUUCCUGAACGAGGUCGAGAAUGGCGUAAGACUGACAGCAAGAUUAAGGGGCUCCGAAGUUUCAAUAACUGGAUCAAAAGCACAAUUAUUCAAAAAUUCUCUCCCGAUGAAGAUUUCUUGGCGAGAAAUAAUGGCAAUGGCUGGACUGGAGGGCCUCCAACGGCACCUGACGAGGAGAAGCGAUUGAUUGUGUUAGACGUGGGGUGCGGCAAAGGAGGUGAUCUGGGGAAAUGGCAGCAAGCACCUCAACCUGUUGAGCUUUACGUUGGCCUAGACCCCGCAGAAGUAUCUAUCGAUCAGGCUAGAGAUCGAUACAACGGCAUGAGACACGAUAGGCGACGACGGAGGGGAAAUCCUUUGUAUCAUGCUGAAUUCCACGUAAAGGAUUGUUUUGGCGAAUCGCUUGCCAACUUAUCCAUCAUCCAGCGUGUUGGGAUCGAUACCAACAUCGGCCCGAAUGGGUCUCUAAUGAGUUCCCGCUGGGGUGGUGGUGGAUUCGACGUCGUCGCGUCGAUGUUUACUAUGCACUACGCAUUCGAAAGCGAGGAAAAAGCUAGACAGAUGCUUCAGAACGUCGCUGGUGCACUUAAGAAAGGUGGAAGGUUCCUUGGUGUUGGACCAAAUUCAGAUGUUCUCAGCGCCAAAGUAGUGGAGUUCCACAAGAAGCGCAAAGAACAGUUGGCUGCCGCUGGGGCACAGGAGGCGGACAGCAAGGAGGAAGGGAAAUAUGCAAGUGAAGUGCUCGAAUGGGGAAAUAGUAUCUAUCGUGUGAGAUUUCCCCGCGCUACCCCUGAAGAUGGAAUAUUCAGGCCUGCCUUUGGGUGGAAGUACAGCUACUUUAUGGAGGAGGCAGUUGAAGAGAUUCCGGAGUAUGUGGUGCCCUGGGAAGCCUUUCGAGCCCUGACUCAGGACUACAAUCUGGAGCUGCAAUAUCGCAAACCAUUCCUCGAUGUUUGGCGGGAGGAAAAGGAUGAUCCUAUACUGGGUCCGCUGAGUGAGCGGAUGGGUGUCCGAUCAAGAGAUGGCACUCUGAUGGUCAACGAGGAAGAACUUGAAGCUGCAAGCUUAUAUCAUGCAUUCUGCUUCUAUAAAGUGUAAUUUAUGCGUGUAUCCCUUAUGCCACAACGCACCAGUCGCUCUCCUUUUGUACCUAUGUAGACGAUGUGGGUGAGAAUUUUAGGUCUGGAGUAUCCUUCCUCCUUAGACAAUCUGAAUCCUCCAAAGCUAGUCCCCGAAUUAUGGGCCCGAGAAAGUACUAAAAUGAAAAUGAACGAGCGCUUGCUAUGGCCAAGACCCGGCUGUUCUCCAGUCAAAUGUAAAUAAGAUCGCAAGAAAAGACCAAAAAAAAAAGAUUAUUCUCAGGAUAUCAUGUAAACGCCUGUCUCUUCAUUCCUUCGCCGGGUCCUUAUCCUCAAGUGUAGAAACUAGAGUCGCAUUCUUAUGUUCAGCAUUCAGAAUCGCAUUCUCAACUGCGGCUUGCACGUCCAUAUGGAAGAAUGGACGGUUGAUGCCAUGAACAUUAGCAAUCCUCCUUGGGAUUCGGAUCAGCUCUUUCCUUCCAGCGCCUCGGUUGCCGUACGGCUCAAUCUCGUCGAUGCCGUCAAUCUCGGAGCUCUCAGACGCUUUAUGCGUUGUGAUAGAAUCAGCUUCUGCGCCCGAAAGCGCUGCCACGCUAAAUAUAGGCUUCCAGUGGCCAAGUGAUUCUAUUGAUCCGGAACUCGGAUAACCAAAGCCUGCUGCGGACAGUGCACGCUUUGUCCAGCGGUUAUUAAUGCUAGAAAAGUGCCACUCGACGAUUUCGGGGGCAGCAUAGCGGUCGAGUUGAUUUCGAAUGUCGAUGAGUCCUUGGAUGGACGUUACAUCGACGUUGUUAACCGCUGAGAAGUCAAGGAUGACUGCACGGAGAAUUGGGCGAUUGUCGUUGAUAUUGAUUUGCUCCCCAUUUCGUGGGCCAGGGUCAU